UCUUCGCUCCGCCUUUUCCGGUCCUUUCCAUCCGCGUGCCCCUAGGUUAGCCUGUGUCCACGUCGAGGGUCUCCAACAGGGAAGAGAAAUGCCGUCAAAAAUCAUCUUUGAAACUGAAGAAGAAACCACCGAGAAAGAUAUGGACACCGUCGCGGAAGCUGAAACCUUCAAGGUGAAGAACAAGUCAAAGGAAGGUAAGAAGCUGAAGAAGAAACAGCAGCAACCUGAGGAGCAGGAGGAGGAUCCAGACUGUGAUCCUCCAGCACCGAAGAAGAAAAAGAAGAAGGACAAGCUGGCAGCGGACCAAGUGAACGGCCACAUCAAUGAGGCCGCUGACCUGAAUGGUAACAGCGGGGAUGUAGAGUCACCAAAAAAAACAAAGAAGAAGAAAAAGGAGGCAUCAGAGAAGACCCAGAAGCAAAAGAAAGCAACCACUGAGGAAGCAACCAAUGGACAUUCCACCCCAAACACACCAGUUCAAACUCCCAGUCAGACCCCAUCCCAGUCAAGCGAUGAGUUGGCCAGUGACAGUGAAAAUGAGCAGACACCUGAGCAGAUAGAAGGAGCUUUCUCCAACUUCAGAAUUUCCAAAGUCACCAUUGAUAAACUGAAAGCUCGGGGAGUCACCUACUUGUUUGACAUUCAAGUGAAGUCAUUUAAUGCCGUAUAUGAUGGAGAGGAUGUUAUCGCCCAAGCCCGUACUGGAACAGGAAAGACCUUCUCCUUCGCCUUACCGUUGGUAGAAAAGCUCCAGAACGAUUCAGUGGAGAUGAUGAGAGGCCGGCCUCCCAAGGUGCUAGUCUUGACUCCUACCAGAGAAUUGGCUAUCCAGGUCUCCAAGGACUUCAAAGACAUUGCCAAAAGACUAUCCAUCGCCUGUUUCUAUGGAGGCAGCUCAUAUAACCCACAGCUUGAUGCUAUUCGUAACGGAAUUGAUAUUUUGGUGGGAACGCCCGGUCGCAUUAAAGAUCACCUUGAGAACAACAAACUCAACCUCACCAAACUGAAACACGUCGUUCUGGACGAAGUGGACCAAAUGUUGGACAUGGGGUUUGCAGAACAAGUUGAAGAGAUUUUGGGUACUUCGUAUAAGAAAGACAGCGACACCAACCCACAGACUCUUCUGUUUUCUGCAACCUGCCCUCCUUGGGUGUAUGAUGUGGCCAAGAAAUACAUGAGGCCAGGCUGCAAGCAUAUCGACUUGAUCGGCAAGAAAACACAAAAAGCGGCAACAACUGUUGAGCACCUGGCCAUCACGUGCCACUGGUCCCAGCGUGCUGCAGUGAUUGGAGAUGUAGUCCAGGUGUACAGUGGCAGCCAUGGAAGAACAAUCGUCUUCUGCGAAACUAAGAAGGAAGCCAAUGAAUUGGCCAUGAAUGCUUCUAUCAAACAGAGUUCCCAGUCCCUCCAUGGGGAUAUUCCACAGAAACAGAGAGAGACGACUCUGAAAGGUUUCAGGAAUGGUGUCUUUGAGGUUCUUGUUGCCACAAACGUCGCCGCCCGUGGAUUAGACAUCCCAGAGGUCGACUUGGUGGUCCAGUGUUCUCCGCCAAAGGAUGUCGAGUCCUACAUCCAUCGUUCAGGGCGAACAGGACGAGCGGGCAGGACUGGCGUCUGCAUCUGCUUCUACCAGAGGAAGGAAGAGGACCAGUUACGCUACGUAGAGACCAAAGCCGGAAUCACUUUCAGGCGAGUUGGUGUUCCAACUGCCAAUGACAUCAUCAAAUCAUCCAGCAAAGACGCCACCAGGUUUUUGGACUCCGUUCCAGCCGCAGCUGUUGAAUAUUUCAGGGAAUCGGCAGAGAAGCUGAUCAAAGAGAAGGGAGCGGUGGAUGCACUCGCUGCUGCUCUGGCUCACAUUUCUGGAGCCACGAGUCUAGAGCAGAGAUCUCUGCUUAGCUCUGACUCUGGCUACACCACAAUGCAGUUGCAGUGCUCCCAGGAGAUGCAUAAUCUAGGUUAUGCCUGGAGAACCAUUAAAGAGCAGCUGGGAGAAGACUUUGAAAACCACAUUCACAGAAUGACCUUCCUCAAAGGCAAAACGGGAGUUUGUUUUGAUGUCCCAGCUGAUAAAGUCAAAGAGAUUCAGGAUAAUUGGAAAGACUGUCGCCGCUGGCAGCUGACUGUAGCCACAGAGCUCCCAGAGCUGGAGGAGAAGCAGUUCACCAACCGCGGAGACAGAGGUGGGUUUAGAGGCGGGAGAGGGCGCGGCUUUGGUGGAAAUGGAGGACGUAAUGGCGGUUUCCGGAGCGGCGGCUUCCGGAGCGGCGGCGGCGGCGGAGGCUACAACAACCGAGGAGGACACAAACGGACCUUCGGCCAAGCGUUCGAUUACUGAACCAUCAACUGAUUGAUCAGCUUUGCUGUUGGUGGACUUUAUUAACUAUCAUUAAGAGACCGACAGAGCCGGUGAAUAUAUUUCUGAUAUAAAAUAUUAGAUUCACAUACCACAUUAGCAUGAAUUACUCCCCUUUGUUCAAAAGUGAUACAAAAGUUGAAUUUAUCAUCUAAAAAUAAUGGAUUCUUAGAAAGAAAAUACAGAUGGUCCUUUAUGGCUUUAUAUAAAACGAAUAUUGCUAUUUGGAAGAGUUGAGCAAAAGCACAGCUCAAACACCAUUAGUAAUGGAUGUGUUGGUUUUCCAAUAUUUACAUUUAUGAACAAAGUAUUUAAAAAUCGUUUCCUGUCCUGUAAAGGUAGGAAUGUGUCACUCUUACUGGUAGUGUCGCCGUCUUAUCCUGGAUCUUUGAGGAAGAGCAGGAGGCGUAAUCAGUCUUUGACCUUCGUCCGUGUAGAGAUAAUUCGGCCAUCAGUAGGUAAACAUGUUGCAUAACGUUUGUAUAACAUAUUUACUGUCAGAUUGCUGCGUUACAAUCAGCUGAAACCUCUCCUCGAAUACAUAUGUUGAAUGAUUGCUUUGCAAUUGCCUCUAUUUAAUAACUGUACUGCUUCCAUUCAUUUGAAUGAAACAACUUAUUAAAAAAAGGUCAACUUGG